AUGACUCGCCUUUGCUUCUCGAUGGUAUUGCUAAGUACUCUCCUGCUCGGACUCGUCAGUUUUACAGGUGCUGAAGAGAGAGAAGCGGAGGGCCGUGAGACACGUAGCGUACCAAACUGGGCUCUGACUUCGUCCGAUUUUUUCGCUUGGGUUGAGGAGCUGCGUUCGCACGCCGGCUACGAUAAAAUCGAGGAGCUCGCCCGAACCUUCUGGGCUCAUUUCCCGUCCGCCAGUCGCCUUGGAUACGACCCCCCGGCCCCCGAGGAGUGA